GUACUACCCCUCUACUCAAUUUUCACCAUCUAUAAAUUUGCCUCGUCUAGAUGAAUUGUUCAAUUUGCAUAAUGCCUAGUUUGAAUAUCACAUUAUGCCUUGUGCUUUUCUUCAUCAGUAGCACAGUAUCAGCUGAUGAUGACUAUUACUGCCCAAACACAACUACUUACAAUACAAACACAUCUUAUCAUUCCAACCUCAUUUCCCUACUUUCAACCCUUUCUAAUGCUUCGAGGAAAUAUGGUUUCUACAACUGUUCCACUAGUAACAAUGGUAAUUCUGAAAGAAUUUAUGGUUUGUUUAUGUGUCGAGGCGAUAUUCCCAGUGCAGCGUGUCAAGAUUGUGCAAGCAGAGCUGCUAGAAAAAUAAUCCAGGGCUGCCCCGCCAGAAAAAUGGCUGUAUUUUGGUCGGACAGUUGCUUAUUGCGUUAUUCGAAUCGAUCAAUAUUCCCCAAGCCUGAUUACGGAUCCAUAAUUAACAAACCAGAUAGACCUUUUGUUCUACGUAAUGUUAUUCAAAUUUCAACCGAUGAACAAAGUAGGUUCAAACAGAAGCUGGGAGAAAUGAUGGAUGACGUCGCGGCUCGGGCUGCUAGUGAUCGUUCGAUAGGCAAGAAAUUUGCCACUAGAGAAGACAAUUUCAGUACUGCUGACACAACAAUUUAUGCCUUAGCUCAAUGCAUUCCUGAUAUUUCUUCUUCUGCUUGCCUAAAUUGCCUUGGAAUUGUGAUCAAAGUUCUCCAUAAGUGUUGUGAUGAAUAUAAGGGUGCUAGAGUUCAAUUUCCCAGUUGUUUUGUAAGGCAAGAAGUGUACCCCUUCUACACUAGCAACUCACCUGCUCUCUCCUAUAUUCAAGGGCAUAAUGGAGUUCCAAAACAAGUAGUCCUAAUUGUUUGUGUAGUCGCUAUCGGUUUUUUACUUUUAUUAUUAUCAACCAAUAAAAGUAUAUCCAGUGUAGUCUUUCCUUUGCUACUGAAGAAAAGGAAAAAUACUCUAGAGGAGACGAAUGAUGAUCUUAAUGGGAUUCUAACAGCUGAAUCCUUGCAAUAUGACUUUAGUACAAUAGAAGCUGCCACUAGCUGCUUCUUUGCGGAAAACAAAAUUGGCAUGGGUGGAUUUGGUGAUGUCUAUAAGGGAGAACUUGUUAAUGAACAAGAGAUAGCUGUAAAGAGGCUAUCAAGAAGGUCAAGCCAAGGUGUAGAAGAAUUUAAGAAUGAGGUUGUACUUGUAGCUAAGCUUCAACAUAGGAAUUUAGUGAGACUGCUUGGUUUUUGCUUGGAAGGAGAGGAAAAGAUUCUCAUCUACGAAUUUGUCCCCAACAAAAGCCUCGACUAUUUCUUAUUUGAUACCAAGAAGCAAGCUACAUUGAGUUGGUCCGUUCGUGACAAGAUUAUAAGAGGAAUAGUACGAGGAUUAGUUUAUCUUCAUGAGGAUUCUCGUCCUCGAAUCAUACAUCGUGAUCUCAAAGCAAGCAACAUUUUGUUAGACAAAGACAUGAACCCAAAAAUUUCAGAUUUUGGCAUGGCUAGGAUUUUUGGAGCUGACCAAACUGAAGGAAGCACAAACAUAAUUGUUGGCACAUAUGGCUACAUGUCCCCAGAAUAUGCAAUGCAUGGUCAGUUUUCUGUGAAGUCUGAUGUAUUCAGUUUCGGUGUGCUUCUUUUGGAGAUAAUAAGUGGAAAGAGAAAUAGAUCAUUUUGUCAAGAAGAUAAAUUUGAUGACCUUCUUACCCACGCUUGGAAGCUGUGGAAAGAUGGCAAAGCUAUGAAAUUUGUAGAUCCAACUCUAAUUGGUGACUCAAAUUCAGGGUCCGAAAUCAUGAGAUGUAUGCAUAUUGGGUUGUUAUGUGUUCAAAGUGAUUUGGAUGGAAGACCUACCACAGCUUUGAUAGCUCAUAUUCUUCAUACUGAGUCUGCUACUCUGCCAGAGCCAAAUCGACCAGCAUCUUUUAAGGAUUAUACUAGUAUAGGAAAGAUGGAUCAACUCACAAGCAAACACAUUCCAUCGUCUAUUUUACAAGAAUCAAUUACUGAAGUCUAUCCAAGAUAGUAUAUACCCAAGUUCACCACAUAUAAAGACUGUUCUCGACUCUUAAAUCACCA